UUUUGUUUUUUUUUGAAAAAUUUAGGCCGUUACGAGACGGAGACGGAGAGGGGGAGGGGGCGGUAACGGUUAAAAUUCAAAAGGAAAAACCGACCGAAUAACCCCCCCCUCACCGCCUGGAGUUUAGUUUUAUAAACAUUUAUUCCCCCCCCCUCACCGACCCCCCUCCCCCCCCCGUCACUGACCGUGUGCGUGGUUUAAUAUUUCCCCGCCCCCGCCGACGAUGGACGUGAAGAAGCUGAAGGUGGCCGAGCUGAGGCAGGAGCUGCAGGAGAGGGGCCUCGACACCCGCGGCCUCAAGGUCGAGCUGGCGCAGCGGCUGCAGGAGGCCCUGGACGCCGAGCUUCUGUCCGAGGAAGGCGGCGGCGGCCGCGCAGACGAGCCGAGGCCUAGCCGGGCCUACACCGAUGGCGGCGGCGAUGACGACGACGACGAGGAGGAGGAGGAUGAAGAAGAAGAGGAGGAGGAGGACGAAGAAUUACUCGCCGACGAAGAGGAGGAGGAGGAGGAUCACGGAGAGGCCGAGGCCUUGAUGGAGGCAGGAGGUCGACACCAUCAGGAGGAGGAGGAAGGCGGCGACGGCGGGUGGCCCGUAGGCGAGCUCGGGGAUGAGGAGAGGCCUACCUCCCAGCAGGAGGCGAUGGAUUACUCGGACGUCCCGGCGCCCUCCGAGGCGGCGGAGGGAGAGCAGUCCGUGAAGGCGGAGGUGGAGGAGGGGGCACAGCAAGCCGAGGCCGGCCAGGCCCAGGAGCGCAACGGCGGGGAGCCGCAGGCCGAUGAAUCGGCUGCAAAACCGAACAGUGAGCAAGAGCCUAAAGUAGGAGGCAGUGAGGAACGGGCUUCAGUCAGUGAGGAACGACCACCCGUGAAUGAGAAGCGAGGACAGAAGAGACGGCAUGAUGAUCGCGGGCGUGGGUACUACGAGUUCAGGGAGGAGACUUACUACAACCGGGCAAAGUCCCCGGUGCCUGCGGGGGAGGAGGAGGCUGAAGAGGAAUUUGACGACAGUUUAGUUUGUCUCGACACCUAUAAUUCUGACAUCCAUUUCCAAGUGGCUAAGGACCGCUAUGGCGGGCAACCGCUCGCCCCUGAGAAGUUUGCCUACCUUUGGGCUGGCGCACGGGCUACCUACGGCGUGACUAAGGGGAAAAUCUGCUUUGAGGUGAAGGUGACCCAGAAGAUCCCUGUGAAACAGCUGCCCGAGAGUGAAAGUGAGCGCCAUCUUGUCCGUGUGGGUUGGUCCUUGAACAGCUCCUCACUGCAGCUGGGAGAUGGGGAAUUUUCCUAUGGCUACGACGGAGUUGGGAGAAAGUGGGAAAACUCCAAGUUUGAGGAAUAUGGAGAGAUGUUUGAUGAAAAUGAUGUCAUUGGUUGUUUUGCUGAUUUUGACAAUGAGGAGGUGGAGCUGUCCUUUUCAAAGAACGGAACAUGCCUUGGGGUGGCCUUCUCGAUUAGCAAGGAGUCCCUUGGCGAGGAAGCACUGUUCCCCCACAUCCUUUCUAAAAACUGCGCGGUGGAGUGCAACUUUGGCCACAAGGAGGAACCCUUCUUCCCAAUUCCAGAGGACUACGUCUUCAUUCAGAACGUUCCCCUGGAAGAGCGUAUUCGGGGAGCAGUUGGUCCUAAAACUAAGGAUGCAUGUGAAGUCAUAAUGAUGGUUGGGUUGCCAGGAGUGGGGAAGACAACCUGGGUGAAGAAGCACGUGGCUGAGAAUCCAGAGAAGCGAUACGUCGUACUGGGCACACACAGUAUUCUGGACAAGAUGAGGGUUAAAGGACUGGAAGCUCCUGAAAUGAAUGCAGAGCGACGGAAUGUUCUGACCCAGCAGGCAACACAGUGCUUGAGCAAAUUUAUUCAGAUUGCAGCCUGCAAGAAGCAUAACUAUAUCCUUGAUCAGACCAAUGUCUACAGCUCGGCCCAGCGGCGGAAGAUGAUUCUCUUCAAAGGAUUUUCCCGCCAGGCUAUAGUGAUUUGCCCAAGUGACGAGGAUUGGAAGACCAGGAUGAAACUGCGAACUGCGGAGGAGGGCGACGAUGUCCCAGACUUUGCAAUGAAUGAAAUGAAAGUCAAUUUUACACUCCCUGAGGCGAGUGACUUCCUGGACAAAGUGACCUACGUGGAGCUGGAGAAGGAACCGGCCAGCAAGCUGGUGAGCAAAUAUCGAGAUGAAGCAAAGAAGGCCAGGCCACAGCAGGAGAAACGGCAGGAUCGACGUAACUACCGCAAUCGAAAUGACCGGGACCGGAACUACGGUGGUUAUCGCAUGGGCAGGUGGGACAACAGGAAUUAUGAUCGGCCACAGUAUGGGCAUGGAUGGGGCCCAGCCUAUGGCAAUCACCCAGCAUACAGAGAGGAUUAUCAUAAACCCUAUGACCGAUACAGGCAGCAGUAUGAUCGGCCUUAUCCGCAGCCCUAUGACUACCACAGAUAUCGGGACUAUUACCGGGAGUAUGCUCGUGAGUGGCAUCGCUAUUACGAGGAGCGAAACCGCUACUACAACAACUACUAUGGUUACCGAUGAAAGCUCAACCAUGUGUGAAACCCCCCCCCCCCCUUCUCUUCCCCCACCUCUUACCCUUCCCCCUUUCCCCUCAGUAGCCCACUACCCCACCCACCUCCCCCUCCCUCCCCAGCCAAGCUCCAACAUAGUUUCAUUCCGAUGGAGCAGCAGGUGGCUGUGGGGGUUCACUCAGAGUUUUUGGCGAGUGUUUAGAUGUUUUGUUUCUGUUUUUAUUUUUAAUUUUAUUUCUACUCUCAUUUCAGCAGAGAGUGCCUGGCUUUCUAGGGGGCAUCUCAGCUUUUCCUCAAUGGAUGUACCACAGUAGUUGAUUUGGAAUGUAUAAAGGACACUCUCUCUCGCAAAUGCGUGCUGCCUCCCACUUACACCUGUUCACGUGUGUGAUUUCACCCGUGCGUGCAGUAUUGCAUUCAUUUCCCCCUCAUUUUCUCUUGCAUAACUACAAAAGGUCUUAUCACUUACACUUGUGUACGCACACACAAACGUGCCAGGAAACACCUUUAGCACUGGUGGAGCCGCUGUUUGUGUGGGUCCUGAAACUUGGAAUUGUACAGAGGCGAUGCCUUUCAAGGUGAUGCCUGGUUGUCAAUUUGUCAGCUUAAGGUUAAUCAGAAAGGAUGCAAGAUUUACUCCAGUCCCUGCUGAGUCUGGUUGACAUCUGAGCCCCAUCCCUGUUUGACUCUCACAACAAGAAGGCUUCAGAGUUGUACGAUCAAACUGAAGGUCAACACGAGCAUUUCAUCAGGGCACGUAGCGGGGUGAAUGAGUACAUCUGGCCUGUUCUGCCCAUCUAAAACCCACCUGUACACAUUGCAGUCUUAAUGUUACAACUCCGUGGCACAUAACCCCUUGUUAGCUGCUGUGAAGCCGAAACCGUCAUAACGCUGGCCCCAAGAUCACACUUUAUGCAGGUCUCUUGUCUUUUCCACAGCCAAGUGGCAGAAUGUCACAUCUUUUGAGAGUAUGGCCUGGCUUUGGGGCUUAAUGACAGCUGGUGGAGGGGUGGGGAAGAAGAGAGCGCAGGAUUGUGUGUGUGAACUACUAGGUCCAUGACACACAAUCUCUCCAAUCUGUAUCUCACAGACCAGUGUGCGUGUCUUCUCCUUAACUUCCUCUAACCAACAAUUGCUAAAGGGGCUGUGGCUGUGUUGCAUCCUGCCCCAUCCCUAACCAGAUUAGAGACGUGUGGUGAGGGGAGUUUGCCCCUUUGCCAGUUCAGGGUGAGCUCUCUUAUUUUCUUUGGGCAAGGGAGAGAGGAGAGGCUUCCCUCUUUUUCAUUGUCUUUGUUUUUAUCUUUUGGUGCUUAUUCUUUGUCUUCACAUCUUCUCGAAUACGCUGAUAACCAGAUUAAUGCUGCAGACCAGGGGGGGUGCAGGCGUGAACGAGAAGGGCAAAGGAAGUUGAGUGGAGCCAAUAAUGUUGCAGUUUUUGUAUUUACAACGCUUUGAACUUUGUACAGCCGCUCCUGCCACGGCCUUCCAGAAAAGCUUCUGUUUGUGCGCCUGCCUGCGUGUUUUCUUUUUAAUUAUUUUACCCACAAGAAAUAAGACUUGCUUUUCAACUUGCGAUGUUUUUCCUAAUCAUUAGCCUGCAGGUUAUUAAUGUACGGUGCAGCCUUUUUAAUGUCUAGUUAGCUGUGGG